UUUUUUAAUGUCUGUAUUGAAGCAAGAUGAAGGAUUUCAUGUUGUUGCUUCUCUUUUGCCAUGUUGCAUCUCCAGUGAAACACUCGCUGAAGUUUUUCACCACAAUGUCCUCUGGAGUCAAAAACUUCCCAGAUUAUGUGGCUGUUGGAUUGGUUGAUGAAGUUCAAUGGGUUUACUGUGACAGCAUCAGUAAGACAGCAGAAGGCAAACAGGACUGGUCACAAAAAAUGUUUGAAGAUGAUCCACAACACAUGGAGUGGUGCACUCAGAGGUGUUUAUCAAACCAAUAUGAAUACAAAGCUCACAUUGACAUUUUGAAGCAGCAACUGAACCAAACUGAAGGUGUCCACAUCUUCCAGAGGAUGGACGGCUGUGAAUUGGAUGAUGAGACUGGAGAGGUUAAUGGUUUUAUUCAGUUUGGUUAUGAUGGAGAAGACUUCAUAGCAUUUGACCUGAAGACACUGACAUGGAUCGCUCCAAAACCACAAGCUGUCAUCAUCAAACACAAGUGGGACAGAGAGAGAGUUCACAAUGAAUGGUGGAACUACUACCUCACCCGGGAGUGCCCUGAGUUUGUGAAGAAAUAUUUGGACCUUGGGAAGAGCUCUCUGCUGAGAACAGAGCUUCCCUCAGUGUCUCUCCUCCAGAAGACUCCCUCCUCUCCAGUCAGCUGCCACGCUACAGGUUUCUACCCUCACAGAGCCAUGAUGUUCUGGAGGAAAGAUGGAGAGGAGCUUCAUGAGGACGUGGAACAUAGAGAGAUCCUCCCCAACCAUGAUGGAUCCUUCCAGAUGAGUGUUGACCUGAACCUUUCAUCAGUCACACCUGAAGACUGGAGGAGGUACGAAUGUGUGUUUCAUCUCUCUGGUGCAAAGAACGACAUCGUCACCAAACUGGACAAAAAAGUGAUCAGAACCAACUGUGUUUCUCCCUCAGAGUUCCCUGCUGGUCCUGUUAUUGGAGGUGUUGUAGGACUGCUGCUGCUCCUGGCAGUCUGCAUCACUGGAGUCUUCAUCUGGAGAAGGAGAGAUAAUGGAUUCAGGCCUGCAAACUCUUCAGACUCAUCAUCCUCUGAUCCAUCUUCAGUCAAAGAUGCAGCUCUUAACUGAUCACAGAGUAACAACAUCUGGAGAGAACUGAUGCUGCUGUCCAGCUGUUUCCUCAGACCUUUGGUGGAGAUGAAUCACUGCAGCAGCUACCAGACACCAAAGAGCCACAACGUUACUCCAGUGGGGCAUCUUUUGUCUUCAGAUAUCAAAUUCAUGUCAGUUAGUCAUGUGAUGUAUUAGUUGUGGAGUCAAAUCCAAAUAUGGUAUUCGGCAAAGCAUAAAUUUAUUUCAUAAAAAUUUUUUUUACAUUAUGUGUUUUUGUGAGGAAAAAAACAUGUGAAAUACCUGGUUUUCCUCAUGUGAGCGUGGUGGGUAUUUGUGCCCCACCUUUUUGUACUGUCAUGACACUGAACGGUGUGUGUGUGUGUGUGUGUGUGUGUGUGUGUGUGUGUGUGUGUGUGUGUGUGUGUGUGUGUGUGUGUGUGUGUGUGUUGCCGCUAAUCUGCAUAUAGUAAACAAAAAACAUUAACAAUAUGUGAUAUUUUUCAGAAGAUAAUCCAGUGUCAAACUUGGAAGCAUACCUUGAGUCAACCCUCAGGUAAAUCUUCCAGCAAAAUUGCAAAGGUGUCCGUGUUUGAAAGUAUUGUUGUCAGCUUGGUUAAACAAAGACAAAAGGCCAAAUCCACAAAGAAUGGAUUGCGCCUGCUAAUAGCACCGUGAAUUGCAUAGCAUUUGCACCCGUAACCUGCCCCGUUUUAAGGUGCAACUCACAAAAGAUUUGAAAAGAAACUGCAGAGGGCACUAAAGCCUCAAAUUGUGUCUUUAAUUAGCAGAAGUGUGCACACACAGAGCUCUCCACAAUCA